GAAACGUGUAGGUGACAAACAGGAUGGCAGGUGAAUAUUCCUGGGAAGAUCCGACUAGUGAAUGCCGCCCCUAGAUUUGGGAAACCCGAAUGGGAGACCCUCAUCCGCCGAACCAAGAUCCGCUGCUAGCUGUGGACCGGGAGCCCUGCCCCCUCCGCGUCCCGCCUUUGGGUCUCUCCGGUUCAUAGAUCUGUACCUGGAAGCAGAAGCAGCGGAUCUGAGACUCCCUUCUUCAUUAACCCAUAUGGCUUUGCUUGGAGGGAAAAACCAGGCCUGAGGGGCCCACAGAUACUUAGAAAUAAGAACCUGGCCUUAGUGCCCCUGGCACGGAAGCCGCUUCUGCUGCUCAGGCCGCGCUGCUGGCAAGUUCUGAGAGAGGUCUGCAGUCAAGGUAUCUCAGUUACCUGUUCUACUACCAAGACUCUGUCCUGCUGUCCCUGACGCCAGCCAUCAUGCCAAGGGGACAGAAGAGUAAGGCCCGUGCUCAUGAGAAACGGCGCCAGGGGCUCAAGGAUGCUCAAGCAAAGGAGGCAGAGAAAGCAGAGUCACCUGCUGGCUCUGAUCAAGCUUCAGGAGAUGCUAAGCCAAGCACUUCUACUGCUGACUUCCCACAGCAGUCUGAAAGCUCAGGACCCAGCAGCACUGCCAGCCAGGGAGGAAGCUAUGGAAGGUCUGAUAAUGGUGACCAGGGCCAAGGGGAUGGAAAGGAGCGUUCCUCCAGGGCUCCACUCUCCACUAGAAGCAUGCAGAUGGACCUUAUGACAAGGAAGACGGGAAUGCUGAUGGAGUACAUGCUCCUCAAAUACAAAGUGCAGCAGCCCAUGAGGAGAGGAGAGAUGCUCAAAGUUAUCAACAAAAGGUUCAAGGAACACUUCCCCGAGAUCCUCAAGAAAGCCUCCUAUCGAUUGGAUGUGGUGUUUGGCCUUGAGCUGAAAGAAAUCCUGCCACGUGGUCAAGCAUAUGAGCUUGUGAGCAAGUUAGAUUUCAAGGAUGAUGGAAGUAGGAGCAAUGAGCUAGGUGUUCCUACCAGGGGCAUUCUGAUUGCUCUCCUCAGUGUGAUCUACCGAAAUAAGUAUUGUGCUGCUGAGGAGGACGUCUGGUAUUUCCUGAAUGCAUUAGGAGUCUUUGACGGGGUCCCACAUCUCAUCUUUGGAGAUGUCAGGAAGCUCAUCACUGAGCAGCUAGUGCGGGAAGAAUACAUAGAAUACUGUCAGGUUCCUAACAGUGAUCCUCCGUCCUAUGAGUUCCUGUGGGGCCCAAGAGCCUAUGCUGAAACGAGCAAGAUGAAAGUGAUAGAAUUUUUAGCCAAGAUCAGUGAAGCCAUUCCUGAGGAUUACUCAUCUCGUUAUGGGCGGGCUUUGAUUGAAAAGGAAGAGAAAGCCCAAGCUGAAGCUGCAGCCAAGUCUGGCACUAAAGGCAAGGCCAAGGGACGUACUAAGACCAAGUUAAGUCAUCAUACUCACAAGUGACGUAUAAGGUCACCUCUGUUUUAUGAUUGAAAAGGUCUGUUCAUAUUUUUGCAGAUAAGCUGUUCAUAAUCUUUUGGAGGACUUUUAGCACAGUUUUAACUUGAGGUUAAAUGUACUCAAAUAAAUUUUGAAGCCUGUUCCUUCACCACUGUUUACCAAGUUGGGAGCUCAAAUUUUUUGGUUUGAUUUAAAAUACAGUUUGCAAAUUGAAAUGUUCUAAGGAUUUGAUGAUGUUCAUAUGAUACUAUGGAAUUAGAUUAAGAUAAUGUUGUGAAAUUUGAAAGAAAAAUAUUCAAAAGUG